UCUCCGAUGAUAUUCGUAUCGCUAUGGCGAAUCGGGAUGAAACAAACACCGUCUGCGAAUGCCGGUACGUUCCCGACGAAGAUGCGCGAGAGACGAGAGGCAGCUUCAAUGACACCCGUAAUAUUCACGAGAUCGACGAGGAGGAGAGCGAGACCGAAGAAACGACGGCUUUAGAGCGGCCAAGCGAGCCAAGUCCUUCCGCUACGGAUGAAGAAGGCGAUAAGGUUGUACGGAAGAUUAAGGAGACGUCGGACGACGAAUCCGUGUACACAGGCGAGUCCUUCUGCUCCGACGAGUCCUGCGACGAAUCCGACGUCACGAAUGUCACGUCAAGAUCGCUGAACUCUUCUUCUCUGAUCCGCGUCACUGAUCUUCAGCUCAGCCAGAGUUUGGAGGAACAGGACAUCGGGGUCAGCGAGUCGAGGUGGACCGACGAUCAGGAUGAAUCUUGCUCGCUCAGUAACGAACCGUCUCGCGCUGCCACGGCGGACAGGGACAGGUUUGCCAGAUCGAGGAGGUGCAGACGAUGGAACAUGAGCUUCACCGACGAGGAGAUGCGCAAGAUCGGGUGGGAGAACGAGUUGCUGCUGAGGAAGAUCAUGGCGCAACAGAAACCCCGGCACAAGAUUCUCGGCGAGGAUAACGUUCAGCCUAGGGCCAGCAGUUCCGCGAUAAACAGGAAGAAGUUGCAAAAGAAGAUAGAAAAUGAUAAUGUGCUGCUCCAACGAAGGAUACAACAGGCGAAGUCGUGCGUUUUCGCGAAUACAUCGAGAAUGGGUUGCAGAUUGACAUUUUUGUAAAGUUUUUAUAACAUUGAAAAGGAUUUUGUCAUUUCCCAUUAGAAAAUGGUGUCAAUAAUCAGCCAACUAAGAUUCAAUAAACUGAUAUUUGUAGGGAAGUAAUGGGUAAUAUAAAUCAUGGAGUUGUGCUUUAUCGUUUUUCUAGUAAUACGUAUAUAAAUAUCAGUGAGAUUCUGAAAGAACUCGCGGCGUGGACUUUAACUCCGAUAAUCUAUGAAGAAAAGUUCCUUAUCUUUUCGAAUAUAAAACAUUACUGUGCUCUUUUUUUGUGACUUCUUUAUUAAAACACAACGAUUACCAGUCUUGAAGAAUAGGUACACAUUUCUUUCACUUCGUAUUUUGUGUAUACGGCGCAAAUCUUGUAAACACGUCUCUUGAAAAUUUGCUUGAAGAUAUAUCCUCUACAAGUCAAGACUAUAAAAAAUCACAGUUCUCACUCAUCUCAAAUAACUUAAUUAUCACUCAUGGUUAAUAUCAAAAUCGGGAACUCUCAAAUAUUGUGAUAGUUCUCUUUUCCUUCUUUCUUUUUUUCCUUGUACAUACAUACACGGGCGAUAUCAUGAGAGAAGAUAAACUAUAAAGGAGUGUAUUUUGUGUCAAGGAGCAAAUUAUAAAUUUCCGUAUAAUCAAUGUAUAACACAUUGUUCCUUUAAAUUAAUAUGUGCUGUGAUUACAAUAUGAAACUGUAUUUCCUUUUUCACUUUUUAUAUUCGAUUUUGUAAUUCCACAUGUACUAUAUUUCUAUUUCAUUUCACUGUAAUUGAUCGGUCAUGUUCACUCUUUUUUUAGCAAACCAAAACAAAAGAAAAAACAAA